AUGAAUGAGCAGAGUUUUAGUCGCUACCAUCAUUCAACUAAUUUAGAUGAAUGUCAAGAGAAUAAUAAUGAUGUUGAUAAUGGUCGUCCAUUUGAUAAUGACUCAUCUUUAGAACAUCAGUCAAAUAACAGUACACUAUCAUCAUCAUCAUCAUGUUAUGUUAAUUAUGAACUACAAAGUAAGAAUUAUGAUUCUGAUGAAAUUCUUGAUUUGAGAAUGCAUAAAAAUAAAAUCUUUGACACUUGGCCAUCAACAACAAUAUCUUCAUCUUCAUCCUUUAACUCGUUAUUUUCCACAAAUAUAAACCAUGAUAAUCAUUCGUGUAAAAUAUCGAAUUCAGAAUUAUUAAAUAAUCUAACUGAAAUGAAUAAACAACAACACAUUGAUGCUUUAUUCAAUCAUCAUUUAACUUCAUCAUUAUCUUCAUUACCAAGUACUACUACUAAUACUACUACUACUACUACUACCACUGCUACCAAUAAUACUACUAAGUUGAAUACAUUUUCAACGGCUUUAACAUCAUCAGUAGCAUAUGAAAAAUUAACACAAACAAUAACCACUUCCAAUAUUAGUCCUACAAAUAAUUUAAUAGAUUUUACCAAUACACUAUCAAAAACUCUUCAUACAUUAUCUAAAUAUCAUUAUUCUAAAUUAAAUGAUCAUCAACCAAAACCAUUAUCAAAUAUUAAACAUUCAAUUAAUCAUGAAUUUCAAUUGGAUAAAAUAAAUUUUCUUUCAAAUUUCCCAUAUUAUCUUUAUCGAUUUUUUUCUACAUCAAAUAUCAUUCCUACUAUUCAACAACUACAACAACAAUCACACCAGCAUCAGCAGCAACACAAUCAAGAACGACAAUCCUAUAAUUCUAUUAAUUCAUCUUCAAUAGAUCCUUUACAAGAUAAUACAAAUAUUUCAUAUUCAUUAUUAAAACCAUGUAUAAAAUUUUCUAAUAUGAAUUCAAUCAAUCAACAAUAUACAACAUCAUUUGAAUUAUCAAUUAAUUUUAUAAAUUGGUAUCAUCAAUUUAUGCAAAAUUUACAUCAAUUAUUAUUAAAACAACAAUUCAAACAACAACAGAAGUAUGAUCAUCAUCCUCAACAACAACAGCAGCAGUAUGAUCAUCAUCAUCAUCAUCAUCAUCCUCCUCAACAACAACAAGAUCAUCGACAACAACAACGACAAAUUGAUCAUCAACAAAAUGAUCAAAGUUUAAAAUGGAUUAAAAAGGAGACAAAUGAAUUCAAUAAAGAAUAUCAUAUUAGUUUAAAUUCAUUUAAUUUACAUUUAGAUAAAGAGAAAUAUUAUCAAAAGAUAAAUAAUUCAACAGAUCAUUUAAAAGUCAAUAAAUAUGAUAUAUCAAAUGAUGAAAAUUUUUCUAAUUUUCAAUCAAAUCAAGAUGAAUUACCUAUUGAUUCAUGUUCACAAAAAUGGAUCAUUUAUCAAAAUGAAUCAAAUCUUUUAUCUGAACAAUCAACAUUUACUAAAUCAAUAAAUGAUAAAAUCAAUACAAAAUUAUUCAAUAAAUCUAAAUUAUCCUAUUCUAUUAAUUCAUCAUUAUCAUCAUCAUCAUCAUCAUCAUCAUCAUCAUCUAAUCCAAUUCAUUAUUAUCGUCAUAUUUAUCAUUAUCAUCAUAAUCAACAAUUAAUUAAUAAUCGUAUUAAAUAUAAAUUACAAUUAAAUAAUAAUAAUAAUCAUAAUAUAAAAAUCAAUAAAAAUUCUAAUUUAUUAUAUCGUUAUCAAUGUCCACAUUGUAAUAAAGAAUUUCCACGUUCAGCUAAUUUAAAUCGUCAUUUACGUACACAUACUGGUGAAAAACCAUAUCAUUGUGAAUAUUGUCAAAGAGGUUUUAGUAUAUCAUCUAAUAUGCAACGUCAUAUAAGAAAUAUACAUCAACGUGAACGUCCAUUUAUAUGUACAAUAUGUAAAAGAGCAUUUGCUCAAAGAACUAAUUUAGAUAGACAUAAACGUAAUCAUUGGUUACAUAAUUCAUAAAAUUUAUAAUAAAAUGUAUAUUUAUUUAUUUAUUUAUUCAAUUCGAAUCAACAUUAUUUUCUUGAUUAUCUUGUUUGUUUGUUUGUUUAUUAGUCACUUUUGAUUGUUGAACUUUGUAAGAUGAUUUCAUGUUCAUAUUGUUCAUGAUAUUUUCUUUUCUUUUUUAAAAAAAAAAUAAACAGUAACAAAGAAUGUUGAUCUAUUUACUUUUGAGAUGGUGAAGAUUUGUAGCUCA